CGAUCAAACUUGAGAUAUGAUGAACAAAAACAUGCUCUCAAUGUAAACAUGAAAUCAAAACUGACUCUUUUAACUUUCUUAAUGCACAUUCCUGGUCUGUUUUUGCACAUUUAAUCAGUGUAUGUUAUUAUAAAAUUUUUAUUUUUCAACCAUCUGGCUCCAUUCUGGUAUGGCACACCCACUUUUUCAUGAUUCAUUUAAUGUCCUGUUUCACUCAUAGUUCACUUCAGAUUAUGAAAGUAAAACGAUUUGCGCAGACUUUAAAAUGCACAUUUACCAUAAGUUUAAUUUUAUAGUUCAGAAAUUGUUUGAGAUAUUUCCAUUUAAACAAUCUUUCACUGUAUAUUGCAUACAAUUUGUUUUAUUGGUGCUAAUGUCUGUAAGUGAUUCUGACUGACUUUAUGGCUCUUAACUAUGUAUUGACCUUCCUGUGUGAAGAAACAAAUGAACAGUUUUCCUCUCUCUUUUUCCUUUUCCUCUCUGGAUUAGAAGAGAGCCCAUCCAUCCAUUCAUUCACCUACCUACAUACCACCCACCUACCAUCCAUCCAUACAUACAUACAUCCAACUAUGCAUCCACUUACCACUCAUCAAUCCAUCCACCCGUCCAUCCAUCCACCUACCUACCACCCAUACAUCCAUCCAACUACCCAUCCGUCCAAUCCAUCCACCCGUCCAUCCAACUACCCAUCCAUCCACCAACUACCCAUCCAUGGAUUACUUUUAUGAUGCCUUUAUGAGAUUUUUGAAGCUACAAAUUUCUAGUCACCAUUCACUUGCUUUGUUUGGACCUACAGAGUGGAGAUAUUUUCCUCAUCAAUCUACCUACCUACCACCCAUCCAACUAUCCAUCCACCCACCCACCUACCACUCAUCAAUCCAUCCACCCGUCCAUCUAACUAUCCAUCCAUCCAUACAUACAUACAUACAUCCAACUAUCCAUCCAUCCACCCACCCACCUACCUACCACUCAUCAAUCCAUCCACCCAACUAUCCACCUACCUACCACCCAUACAUCCAUCCAACUAUCCAUCCACCCACCUACCUACCUACCACCCAUACAUCCAUCCAACUAUCCAUCCACCCACCUACCUACCUACCACCCAUACAUCCAUCCAACUACCCAUCCAUCCAAUCCAUCCACCCGUCCAUCCAACUACCCAUCCAUCCAAUCCAUCCACCCACCCACCUACCACUCAUCAAUCCAUCCACCCAACUAUCCACCUACCUACCACCCAUCCAUCCAACUAUCCAUCCACCUACCUACCUACCUACCACCCAUACAUCCAUCCAACUACCCAUCCAUCCAAUCCAUCCACUCGUCCAUCCAACUACCCAUCCAUCCAUACAUACAUACAUACAUCCAACUAUCCAUCCAUCCACCCACCCACCUACCUACCACUCAUCAAUCCAUCCACCCAACUAUCCACCUACCUACCACCCAUCCAUCCAACUAUCCAUCCACCUACCUACCUACCAUCCAUACAUCCAUCCAACUACCCAUCCAUCCAAUCCAUCCACCCGUCCAUCCAACAACCCAUCCAUCCAAUCCAUCCACCCACCCACCUACCACUCAUCAAUCCAUCCACCCGUCCAUCCAACUAUCCAUCCAUCCACCGACCUACCAUCCAUCCAUACAUACAUACAUACAUCCAACUAUACAUCCAUCCACCCACCCACCUACCUACCACUCAUCAAUCCAUCCACCCAACUAUCCACCUACCUACCACCCAUCCAUCCAACUAUCCAUCCAUCCACCUACCUACCUACCACCCAUACAUCCAUCCAACUAUCCAUCCAACUACCCAUCCAUCCAAUCCAUCCACCCGUCCAUCCAACUACCCAUCCAUCCACCUGUCCAUCCAACUACCCAUCCAUCCAAUCCAUCCACCCACCUACCUACCACUCAUCAAUCCAUCCACCCAACUAUCCAUCCAAAAACUGAAACACAAUAAAAAAAACAUAACUAAAGCUGAAAUGGGCCUAUCCAGAAUUCUUAAGAGGUAUGAUGAUAUAUUCAUCAGGCGCAUUGCCAUUGUUUCUGGAAACUGUCCAGAAACAAUGUUUUUUAUUUCACAUUGUAUUCAAAUUUUUCUGUUUUUCACAUUAUUACACCAAAUCCCACCUCUCACUCUGAAAAGUUUGUUCUUAUUUUUGUGCUAAAAUAUAAUCACACAUUAAACAACCUAAAAAAACAGUAAAACUACAUACUUAAAGUUCUUAUGUUUUAAGGCAAGUUUAUUUAUUUAGCACAUUUCAUACACAUUUCAUGACUGUCGCUAUGGGGUGCCAAAUGUAAGUGUGUUUUACACAUAUUUAUCUAAACAAGUAAUUAAAAAACAGUGCUGUUCCAAGUGUCAAACUGUUAUUUUUAUAUAUUGGUAACACUUUACACUAAGGUUGUAUUCGUAAAUGUUAGUUAACUACAUUCGUUAACAUAAAUUAACAAUAAACAAUACU